AUGGCGUUGUGGUCGAGAGAAAAUCGAAAGAAUCUUGUCCAAUACGUUGAUUUGUUUGAAGACGUUCCGAGCGAAUACGAAGACGAAUUCAAAAAAUGGGAUCAGCGACUCAACAAUGCGGAUUGGAAGCACAAAUUCUUGGAUCUACAACAUGAAGCCGUCAAAAAUCAAACAGUCGCAAGUGAUUUCGAUAGCCAAGGAAAUGUUCAUUUCGAACGCACUGAAUUUCACAAAGCCAUGGAACUGUACAAUCAAGCAUUGUGCUUUGCUGAAAUGGAUUCACAAAAGGGCCUUUUGUACGCGAAACGCGCUCUGUGUUUUUUCAAUUUGUACAUGUACGCGGAAUGCAUCGCAGAUACGAAAUUGGCGUUGAAUACGGAAUUGCCAUUCGAAUGGAAGUCAAAGAUGAACGAAUACCAAGAAAAGGGCACGAAACUAUUGUCGACCACUGAGUAUCGCAAGCCAAUCGCACCGAAAUUGAGUUUCGACGCUGACACCACAUUCCCGUGCAUGGCAAAUGUUGUGCAAAUCAACAAAAAUGGACUCGAAACGAACAUCGUGGCAAAAAGUGACAUUGGCAUCGGUCAAACUGUGUUGCUCGAAAGGGCGUUCACAUCGAUUGCUGUUGGAUAUGAUACUGCUGUAUGUUUCACAUGUUUCAAAAUGUGCACAAAUUUAAUGCCAUGUGCCGAUUGCACCGACGUCAUGUUUUGUAGCGAAGAAUGUAUGCGGCUCAGCGAUGUGCAUAAAAUUUCAUGUGGUAAUAAUUACAGUCGAAUGCCGAGCUACAUCAAGUUGGUUGUCCAGUCGAUUUUGGAAGCACUCACCACAUUUUCCAGCGACUAUUUACAAUUGAUGGCAUUUGUCAACGCCACUGUUUCGCGUAAAGUUACCGAAACGAAUACCGACGCCAGAAUUUUGAAUUAUGGCCAAUUUUUUGGCUUGAAAUCAUCUUCGAAGCCGCUACCGAUACAGCUCAUUUACGAAGCAUACACAACAGCCAUGGCCAUACCGGUGAUUCAGAAAAUGUUCAUCACAGAAAAAUCGAAACGUUUUUUGAUGCAUCUCGUUGGUCAUCACGUACAAGUUUUACUGGCCAACUCAUAUGGUGGAUUCGAGAAAGACCAGAAUCAAUUCAUCUUUGCAUCGAUGACAAAUGUGGCGUCGCUAUUUCAACACUCAUGUACACCGAAUCUCAUGCAACACACCAUUGGAAAUCAAACGAUUUUGAUCACAAAUCAACCCGUGAAGCAAGGCGACCGUCUGUACAUUGAUUACAUUCCACAAGAACACGAGGCGGAACAACGAAUCGUGACGUUAAUAAAAGACUUCGGUAUUGUUUGCACGUGUGCAAAAUGCAAUCCUCCACAUCCAAUGAUCGACUCGAACCUACAAAACGAUUCAUCGUUCGAGUUGAUCUCGCAGUAUACGAAAUAUAUUCCUGCCGGAAUACCAGCCACUUUGAAGCAAAAAUGCGUCGAGUUCCUGCAACAACACGCAGAAAAGCCAUGGUCCGAGGAAAAAGAACUCGUCAUCAAUGUCUACUCUCAAUGCUUGCUGGCAGAACUUGAUAAUCAGAUGAUUUCAGUUUAA